GGGAGCGUAUCAGAUUCGCCGUACGCGUGGUGAACUGAUUCUCGUUGACCCCUGUUGGUUAAUUUCGGGGCUAAGAACUGAGAAGCAGAGCAACACUUACAGAGUUGUACUGACUUCAUGUCUGCUGCUUGCAUGUUAUACUUACAAUGUCGCUGCAGAGUUGUAUAGUAGACUGGGGGGAACUUGACAAAGAAUUUCAUGAACUGCAGGAAACGCACAAAAUUUAUAGACAGAAGCUUGAUGAAGUCACUCACCUUCAAACCAUAUGUGCUAAUUCUAUAAAGAAACACAAGAAACGACUUGCAGACCUCAGGCAGAACCUCCUUAGAUCCAAUCCUUCUACUGUGGAACAUACCAGAUUGUUGCAAACUGUAAAUGAUCACAUAAAAGAGCGAAACCAUGUUUUCUUUGAUAUGGAGGCAUAUCUACCAAAGAACAAUGGGUUGUAUUUAAAGUUGGUGCUUGGAAAUGUGAAUGUAACUCUUCUUAGUAAUCAAGCCAAGUUUGCCUACAAAGAUGAAUAUGAAAAAUUCAAACUUUAUUUGACCAUCAUCUUACUACUGUGUGCAGUCUCCUGCAUGUUUUUCCUUAAUUACAGGGUAACAGAUGAGAUCUUCAAUUUCUUGUUGGUUUGGUAUUACUGCACUCUGACGAUAAGGGAAAGCAUUCUAAUCAGCAAUGGAUCGAGAAUCAAAGGCUGGUGGGUAACGCACCACUACAUUUCUACAUUUUUGUCUGGAGUAAUGCUAACAUGGCCAAAUGGACUUGUGUAUCAGCUGUUCCGUAAUCAGUUUUUGGCAUUUUCUAUUUUUCAAAGUUGUGUUCAGUUUCUUCAGUAUUAUUACCAGAGUGGCUGCCUUUACAGACUUCGAGCACUAGGGGAGAGAAACCACUUGGAUCUUACAGUAGAGGGAUUCCAGUCUUGGAUGUGGAGAGGGUUAACUUUCCUGCUUCCUUUCCUGUUUUUUGGGCAUUUUUGGCAGCUGUACAUGGCUGUAACACUUUUUGGGCUGUCCAGACAUGAAGAAUGCAAAGAAUGGCAGGUGUUUGUCCUGGCUCUGACUUUUCUGAUACUCUUCCUUGGGAACUUCCUAACAACUCUGAAAGUGGUUCAUCAGAAAUUUAUCAAAAACAGAGAGAAAAGCAAGAAGCAGUGAAACUAAGUGUUGCUAAGCUGAUCUCAGAAUUAGGACUUGUAUAAUGUCACUUUUUUAUUCAAUAAUUGCUCAUCUUUGAGUGUCUAAAAAGUAAGACUUUAGUUGUGUACGUGUGUAAUAAUUUAACUCUGUUUACACUGAUACCAUGACAUAUCUAAGCUGGGUUUAGUAUGAUAUUUGAGUUUUAGAAACUCUACAACUAUGUAUUAUUACGUGACAUAUGCCUGUGUCAGCAUCUCUUAAGUUAAUGUUUAGUAAAAAUGGAUUUUUUUGCAUCUGUAAUGUGUGUGUGUGUGUGUGUGUGUGUGUGUGUGUGUGUGUGUGUGUGUGUGUGUGUGUGUGUGUGUGUGUGUGUGUGUGUGUGCAUACACAGUAGUGACUGAGAGAAUUUGAUAGCGUUCUGUGGAGAAAACUAAUUCUAGACUUGCUUAUGUCAUUUACAUAAGCUUCUUGUCAUUUUUGCUAUGCAAGAUCCUAUUAUUUGGUGGGAGAAACACUACAUUGCUGUUACUUAAAAAAAUUCCUGCCUGUAUGUCCAUAUUUAUAUUGCCAUUAUGUGUGUCUGCGUUGUACCAGAAUCUAUCCGGCUUACAGUUACUCUUCUCAACCCGUCCAGAUACAGUUGUGGGAAAUUUAUUUAAAAUGUGAAAUGUAUCAUCUUGUAAGUUAUCAUAGAUUCUUGAAACUGUAUGAGAACAAGUACAUUAAUUUGUGUAUAAUUUCCAGGCUGCAUGAAUUUGUCAUCUGAGUAUGAUUGUAGACUUCACGACAUCCUUCUCUGUGUGUACAGUUUCAGGAUCCUUUUUUUUUUUGUAGCAGAACUGUAUCCAUACCUCAUAAUACACGGACUGAUUAAUGGGUGACAUUUUCAAACUCUGAAGAAACAUGGAUUAGAAGAGAAUUGCACGAGUGUUUUGUCAGUUGCUCCAGUGUGUCUGUUGAGAAGACUGAAAAAAUUUGGAACAAUAUUGUCUUUCCUAGCGUCCACUGAUAUACCUCAUUUUUUCAGAUGUAGGUUUUUAAGAGGGCACAGCUACACUGUUAUUUUUAAAUGACGCUGUAAUUAAAAUGAUUGUUUAUACUAGUUUUGUAUGUGGUGUUAAGACUAAAAACCCAAGCUUUCCCCCUACCACAAAUGUCACACUUGAGGGAAAAUUGUUUUCUGACUGUAUUGUAUACAAUGCUGUGUACAGCUAAUGCCUUACUGGUGGUAUGUAUAAAGGCAAGUAUCCAAAGUCUA